AUGUGGAAAAGAGGUAAUUUUUGGUAUCACCUUAAAAUGGCACAUAGUAUUACUAAAGACAACAUUGAUAAUGUAUCAAAUAUUGAACAUAAUCAAAUAAAUUUGCUUCGUAAGCAAAUCUUGAAUAAUAAGAUCAUAUCUUUUAUAUGUAAGGAUCAACAACCUCUUGCAAUAAUUACGGAUGAUGGAUUUAUUGAAUUAAUAAAGGAAGCACAACAGCUUAUGGAUAAAUUUUCAGAGACACUUUUUUAUGGUUCAUUAAAAUCUGAUUUGUCUUCUGACCUUGCAUUAGAUACUGACGAUAAUUCAGUAAUGAUCGACUUUGAAUCAAGUAUGACUAUAUUUGAUGAUGAUAUUAUUUAUGAGGAUGCAGAUGAGAAAAUAGAUGAGAUAAACAAUAGAACUUGA